AGAUCAGCCGAACGACAAGGUGGAUUUCAAUGGAGCAGCAGAUCCUGACGCUCCUGUUCUCUGCUCUCAUGUGCUCAGUGAACGCACGCCUUGAAGGGCCUUCAUUACAGCUCCCUGCGCGCUCCCCCGUCCAGAGGAGUCCAGAAUUCGUUCAUGUCACACUGGACCGUAACACAGCCCACAGGCGCCUCCUAGUGUCCGAGAACAACCGCACGGCCACAUUGGUUCGAGAAACGCAGCCGUACCCAGACCACCCGGAACGCUACCAACGUUACCAUCAAAUCCUGGGCUCCGCGGAUCUGCGUGGGCGAUGCUACUUCGAGGUGGAGUGGAAAGACUGGGUUGACAUCGCAAUGACUUACAAACUCAAUCAUUUUGGAAAGUAUUCUCAGGCUGUAUUCGGCGACGACAGCUAUUCCUGGAGUCUGCGGAUUUACGACGGACACUUCUACGUUUGUCAUGGCAACGUUCAAGAGCCAAUCAGACGCAUCUCUACGGGUCUUGUUGGGUUUUCUGCUGGAAAUGUGGGCGUGGGUUCUGCAGGGUUUAUCUCAGGCGUAGUGGGCAUUUACCUGGACUACGAAGAAGGGAUUCUAUCUUUUUAUGAGAUUCUUGAUGAAGGAAGAGCGUCCCAUCUCCACACUUUUAGGGAGAAGUUCACCCAGCCCUUGUUUCCUGGUUUUGGGGUGUGGAUCGUGUUUGCUCAGAGAUCGGUCGGGAACUCGGUCUCCCUGGUAACACCGCGGCUUUCUCAAAAGAUGAUGCCUGCAUGGAAGCGAGCUAAGGAACCUGAACCUGUCCCUGAGGAGUUUUUUGAACCUGCCCCUCUUCAACUUUUCUCUAUCAGCUCUGUUUUAAUUCUUCUUCUUUUCAUGUGUGCAUUCAGUGUCUUCCCAUGGCACUUAAUAUUUUAA